AUUUAGUCAGCUCUUGAUCGUGGCCGUCUCGUGUCGUGGUGCUUCUCAUUCAGUUCCAGUGAACUGCAGCUCCUUUGGCCUCCUAGAACAUCUGCCGUCUCCUUGGUUGGUGCCACCGUCCGGGCGACUCCUCUCGUGUUCGCCGCAUCGUCUCCGCCACCGCUCGACACCCGAUCAUCCCUCCGCAAUAUCUCCUGCCGUCAUUCUCUCGACGAGACCCGUCCCCCUCUAACCAGUGCUGCCCUGCUUCUCCUGUCGCCCAUAGAGCUGCAAUAAUGGGUGGCUCGUUAUCUCGUAUGUGGUCCUUCCUCUGGACGAAGAAGGAAAUUCGCAUCCUCAUUCUCGGGCUGGAUAACGCGGGGAAAACAACCCUACUUUACAGACUCAAGAUUGGUGAAGUGGUCACUACGAUACCUACCAUAGGUUUCAAUGUCGAAUCGGUGACGUAUCGGAAUCUGAAUUUCAAUGUUUGGGAUCUCGGAGGUCAAACGUCCAUUCGCCCCUACUGGCGCUGCUACUAUGCCAACACAGCUGCUGUCAUAUUCGUCAUCGAUUCGACUGAUAUUGAACGACUCGGAACGGCUGCUGAUGAACUUGCAGCCAUGCUGAAUGAGGACGAACUCCGCGACGCGGCCCUGUUGGUAUUUGCCAACAAGCAGGACCAGCCCGGCGCCAAAGGCGCGGGCGAGAUAUCAGAGGCUCUGAAGCUGGGCGAGCUGCGGGAUCGGAACUGGAGCAUCGUCGCAUGCUCUGCGAUUGAUGGAAAAGGCCUUAAUGAAGGCAUGGAUUGGCUAGUGCAAACUCUUCAGUCGGAAAACGCAUGAGCGACGGUGUUCUAUGACAUGUUAUAGAUUUCUUUCGAUAUAAUUCUCGGCUUUCAGGUGGUAAGGCUCCGCAGAGCUUGUGAAUGCUUGUCAUUUAUCCUUGGUGCCGUUCACUCGUCUUUCUCCUUCCAUGUCCUUUUUCUACUCCGUUCAGGGCUCAUGUCGUUUAUACAGUAUACCUUUUUGAUAUCGAAAUUCCCCAGACUUAGCAUAAUAUCCUAAUUGAUUUGAAAUUUGAGUUUGGCGGGCUUUGCUUGUGCUUUACGGUCAUGAUUGAGACCGAUUUGCGUCGCUUGCAAUGCUUCUGGUUGGAUGGAGCCUGCCCUUGUCAGAGGCUAUCGGCCGUGCUCACGGCAAUGUUGAGAGACUACAGACGAGAAGACAAUGCUACUGAUGCUGAUGUCGUAUGGAUUGGCUGUAUCUUAAGAUCCGUUGCUCUCAGAAUCAGAAGAAGAAUAGG